AUGUCAAAAAGGUUGAAGAUCGGUUCAAAUAAAGAUUGGUGGAAGCAUGUCAUAGUUUACCAAAUCUAUCCACGAUCUUUCCAAGAUACAACAGGCAAUGGCAUUGGAGACUUGCAAGGUAUCAUAAACCAUUUGGACUACUUUGUCUUUCUGAAUGUUGAGGCCAUCUGGUUGAGCCCGAUAUAUUGCUCGCCAAUGAUCGACCACGGUUAUGAUGUCUCGAACUACAGAGACAUCGACCCACUGUUUGGCUCUCUGCAUGAUUUCGAGGAUUUGAUUCAUGAGGCUCAUAAAAGAGAUAUAAAAGUUAUCAUGGACUUCAUCCCAAACCACACCAGCACACAACACCAGUGGUUUAUAAACAGUUGCAAGGAUGAUUCAGGCAAUCCGUACAGAGAUUACUACAUAUGGAAGGAUGGGAAAGUUGAUGAGGAGUAUGCUCCUGGUCAGCCGAACAAUUGGUUGUCAGCUUUCAACGGGCCUGCUUGGACUUGGAAUGAAGACAGGCAACAAUUUUAUUUGCAUCAGUUCACCGCACACCAACCUGAUCUCAACCUCAGGAAUCCUUCAGUUGUCAAAGAGUUGCUCGACAUCUUGCAGUUUUGGCUGGACCGGGAUGUUGAUGGGUUUCGAAUGGAUGCGAUCAUGCAUCUGUUCAAAGAUGAAAGGUUCCUCGACGAACCCAGGAGCAACAAAAGUGAUGCUUCACCUGAUAGUUACGACUACUUGGAGCACGUUUACACUGUAAACCAGCCUGAGGUCCAUGAUCUGUUGCAGCAGUUCAGAGUUCUGUUCAAUGCGCAUGAGCAGAGAACUGGAAAGUACAUUUUCAUGGUUACUGAAGUCUUCAGUUCAGAUUCGGUGGAGUGUGCGAAAUAUUAUCACUCUGGCUCAGACAUGUCGUUCAACUUUUCGUUAACUUCUCUUCAUAAGAAAAAUGCACUUUCUGGGUCUUAUAUUAGAAAAGAAAUUGAGUUGCAUUUACAACUCCUACCUGAGGGAAAGUGGCCAAACUUUGUGUUGGGCAACCACGACAUCUCCCGCGUGGCAACUCGGACGGGACUACAAUACGCAGACCUUCUCAAUGUCCUGCUGCUCACACUGCCAGGGACGGCAUUCACGUAUUAUGGCGAAGAGUUGGCUAUGCUGGACAUUGAACUCCUCCCAUAUGAACACGUUCAGGAUCCAUUUGCAAAAAACCUUGGUCCAGAGAAGUUCAUGUUAGGGAGCAGGGACCCGUGCAGAGCUCCCAUGCAGUGGUCUGAUGAUGUCAACGCCGGCUUCUCCUCCUCCAAACACACCUGGCUACCUGUACAUCCAUCCUACAAAUGCAGAAAUGUUCAAGCACAGAAAAAACAAGAGAUAUCUCAUUUGAACAUUUAUAAAAGAAUUGCUGCCAUUCGACAGCAUGAAGUUUUCAAAAACGGACUUAUCACCUUCCACGUUGUUAAUGAGAACAUUCUGUCAUUUUUUCGUCACAAAGGUGAGCUUUUCAACAGUUUCGCUAGAAAUGAUGAUGAGGACGAAAGCGACGAAGUAUUUUUGGUAGCCAUGAAUGUUGGAUUUGAAAUAUCGACCUACAAUUAUGCCAAAGACCGAUAUAAAUCUGCGUUUGUACUCAUGAACACAGAGAGCUCGCAAAUGGUCAACACCUCAAUUUCACUACAAUCUGUCCUUCUCAAACCAGCUCAGGCGCUUGUUUUAAAAAUUUUACUUGACUAA